AUGUCGACACCAUGGGGAAAAGCACUUGACCAAGCAAAUAUUGUAAGGGCAAGUUUUAAUGACUUGGAUAGAUCUGUUAUUAAAGCAACCAGACAUAAGUUAAGAAUUCCAAAAGAAAAACAUGUUAGAAAAUUAAUUAUCUACACCCAUGAAAGACUUGGACCAAUUGGUGAUUUAUAUCAAAGUUUAUUAAAAAGAAUGGAACAACCGGACUGGAUUAUUGUUUUAAAAACUUUAAUUGUAUUUCAUAGAGUUUUGGCAGGUGGUAAUACAAGAUUUUUAGAGGAUUUAACACAUAGAGGUAAUGUAUUCCCAUUAUCAAGAUUCACAGAUAUGACAUCGACUCAAGCACAUCAACAAUCUGUUUUCAUUAGAAGAUAUUCAUCUUAUUUAGAGGAGAAAGUAUUUGCAUUUAGAGAGAUGAGACAAGAAUUUGAUAAGGAUACCUUUUCUUCAAAAGGUUUAACAAUUGAACAACUUUUAACAAGAAUUCCAAAAAUGCAAAGACAAUUCGAUGCAUUAUUAGCAACUCAUGUUGAAGAAGUUUGUGAUAAUAUCAUCACUAUCAAUGCUUUUGAAUUAUUAUUAAAAGAUAGUUUUAAAAUGUAUUGUAAUUUAAAUGAUGCAGUUUUAAAUAUUUUAGAAUUAUAUUUUAAAAUGACAAAAAGAGAUGCAACAAAAGCAUUGGAUGUCUAUAAAGUAUUUAUGAGAGAAACUGAUGCAAUCAUUGAGUUUUUCAGUUCUUCUCGUAGAAAAUUCCAUAUCGAUUUACCAGAAUUAUCAAGAGCUCCAUCAACUGUAGUUCAAGGUUUAGAGGAGUAUUUAAGAGAUUUAGAGGAUGAUGGUUUACCACCACAUCCAGUUUAUACAAAUAAUUUUGGUAGUAAAACUGGUAGUAAUGGUGGUAGAAUUUCAUCUCAAGGUGGUUCUUCAAAUUCAUUCAAUAAUAAUUAUAAUAAUAAUAAUAGUAAUAAUAAUAAUAAUAAUAAUAGUGGUAAUGAUAAUAUGGUAAAUAGUACAGGUAGAAACAGUAAUAGUUAUAGUAAUAAUAAUAAUAAUAAUAAGAAAAAUGAUGAACUAAUUAAUUUUGAUGAUGAUUUAUUUAGUAGUGCACCACCACCACAACAACAACAACAGCAACAACAACAACAACAACAACAAGUUCACCAACAACACUCUUUUAAUAAACCAACUACAUCACAACCAUCAUUUGAAUUAGAUCCAUUCCAUGUAACAAAUAUAUCUCAACAACAACAACAACAAUCACAACAACAACCACAACAACAAUCAAUGCAACCAUUUGGAGGAUUUACAACAAGUCCUCCACCAUCACAACAACCAUCAUUAAAUCAAGUUAAUCCAUCAAAUUAUCAUAACCCAUUCGAUCCAGCAUAUAAUGAAAAAGCAUUACAAAUUAAAGCAGCAUUUCAAUCUUCUCAAGGUGAAAAUGGAGUAAUUAACAAUAGAAAUAGUUUAAAUCUCAAUGAUUUUAAUUUCACACCAAAUACUAAUGUCAAUAGUAGUAAUAAUAAUAAUAAUAUGAAGAGUGCACCAUCAACAUUGGUUCCAACUCAAAAUAGAAAUAACAAUGGUAUGAUGAACAAUAAUGAUAUGAUGAAUAAUAAUAAUAAUGGUAUGAUGAUGAAUAAUAAUAAUAACAGUAUGAUGAUGAUGCAACAACAACAACACCAACCAAUGAAUAAUGGUUUUGGUAUGCAACAACAACAACCAAUGAAUAAUGGUAUGGGUUUCAAUAAUAGUAACAACAAUAUGAAUAAUAAUAUGAUGAGACCUAACCAACCAAUGAGCAACGGUAUGGGAAUGGGAAUGCAACAACAACCAAUGGGAUUCAAUAAUGGUAUGAUGAAUAAUGGCAUGCAACAACCAAUGAAUAAUGGAUUCGGUAUGCAACAACAACCAAUGAAUAAUGGUAUGGGUUUCAAUAAUAGUAACAACAAUAUGAAUAAUAAUAUGAUGAGACCUAAUCAACCAAUGAUGCAACCAAAUCAAUAUCAACAACAACAACAACAACAACAACAACAACAGCAACAACAACAACAACAAAAGGUUCAAAAUAUUUACUUUUAA